CGCCGUUUUCUCCCACCCCCCGUCCGCCCUGCCCCCGUCUCGAGAGCCAGAGGAGACCCCUUCCCCCCAGCUGCAGGGCGGGCCCCGUUCCCGCCACGCGGUUAGGGAUCCUUUCAGGAAAGCUUCGGCCUUGCUGUACGUUCACCUCCAGAGCAACCGCUGAGCUGCGAGGACAGUGCUGAGCGUGCUGUAACUUCCAUGACGUCAGUGAGAGUUUUGCCAAUGACUUCAGUAGGAGCAGAAGCAAGUUCAUGACGCCCAACGACAUCACUGCAUAAAGGGCCUGAUCAGCCCACGAGUGCCGGUUGUGCUGGUUCAGAAGUUGCAAUGUACCGUGUGCGUCUCCUACACUAGAGAAGAAUGAAUCUGCUACUUGCACCGAAGCAAGAUCUUUAGUGCCAUGAUGGAGGCCUGCAGAGAUGGAUUCAUAAGGUGGACUUAGUCACCUAAAUCCAACAUUAAGGCACCACUUGUUUCAACCAAUGCUCAGCUCACCUAACCCUGUAGGUACCUGAAUUCCACAGAACCGUCCUCUAGAUGCCUACAUUUCUGGUGGAGGGCAUGCACACAGUCACCUCAGCCCUGACACUGUCAAGCAGCUCAGCUCCUCUAACUCACAGCAGGAUUCACAAGAAUAUGUCUAGAAAUGAAGACACCUGUGUGGAGUCCUGUACACCACUUUCCUGACAAGUUUCUUUGUGGCCUGAUUGUCACAGCCAGUCUUUUCCUUCUCUCAGAAACAAAUUUCCUGAAAGGAAAAAAACUGGAUUUAUUUGGAAAGAAUGAUAAGUAUGUAUCCUUGGCCAACAACAGCAUCCCCCCACUAUGCCAAUUCACUGUGUUCAUUGAUCUAAACAGAACCACAAAUGUCAGUUCUUGGACAGCAUUUUCAUACCAUAAAAACAACAGCAACUCCACUGACAUAAAAGGUCUCGAGCUCGGACUCAGCAGUGAAAACAAACAUCUAAGGCUGUAUCUUUCUGGCACAAAGAUAGACAUUGAGCUUGCUUUAACUCUUUUUAUAUGGCACAGUGUGUGCUGCCUAUGGGAUGGUAAUAAGAGACUGCUGCAAGUCUACCACAAUGGCAACCUAUUGUCUGAUAAAGUGAUGAACGGAACCAUGUGCCUGGAACCCGACGGGAGCUUGGUGCUAGGACAUUUGCACAAAAUCCAGAAUGGCUACAUCAUUCGGGGCAGCAGCAGCUUCAUUGGCAGCUUGUACUACUUUCAACUGUGGGACAGAAUAAGAGAGCUGAGUGAGUUAAAGAAGUGUUCCCCAGGAAAUAUUAUCAGCUGGAGGGAGGAUUAUUGGCACUUUGACAACAUAGUUCCAACAACUGACCUUCAUCUACGCUGCGGCUCAGAGGAAGCAUCGUCAACAGCUGCUACUCCAUUAUCUCCACCCACAUCUACUAAUGGUAGCACUCCAAUUACCUUCUAUGACAUCAAAAUGAAGUUUUCUGUCUUCUACAAAACUCAGAGUACUCCUGAUUAUGAUGAUGCAAACAACUUCGCUAAAAACUGGUUUAAUGCCAGAUUUUCUGAAGGUGAAUUUGUUGUGACAAAUUAUUAUGUAAAAACUGCAGGCAUAUACAGGAAUAAUUCUCCAGGAGGAAGUGUCCAGAGGAGAGCCGAUAUGGAGGAAAAGCAGAAUUCACAAAGCUAUGCCUUCAAAGCCAUCAUAAAAGCCACAUCCACUCAGUCACAAGAAUGCUUGAUUAUUAUGAUAAAACAGUAGCAGGUGAAGUAUGAAGCGGGGCCCUUGUCCGUAUCCGUGGAACCUGAAGAUGUGAUUGUCAGUGCAAUUGGUAAUAUUUUAUAUAUUAAGUUCUAAUAUUUGUUGCCAGACUUAAAAAACAUGAGUUUCAUGAAGGCUGGCCCAAACUCAAAAUCGGUAUAGAGUCAGAUUCCAAGGACAGAAGCGACUUAUGAUCAAACCUGACGUCAUGCAUGAAUCAGGCCAUAGAAUUUUACCUAAUGAUUCUUGCAUCAAGACCAAUAACUUACAGCUUAACUAGAAGAUUUCUCUCAAAGAUAUCCAGGCUUGAUGUAAAGACUCCAGGGGAUGGAAAAUUUAUCACUCACAGCCCUUAGUAAUCUGUUCCAAUGGUUACUUACAGAAAAUGAGGUAUACAUGGCUUCGACAUCACUUAAGUCACCUGCUUACCCUGUGUCUGAAUCUGGCCUGUUAUAUUUUACUAUGCACUCUACUUCUGGACAAGUGGAGACAGACCUAAACUAGAGUCCUGGGUCUGGACAUUUCUGAAAUGCAGGAAAAGUGCAUAUGUGGUAUGGCUCCAAGCAUGGCAGCUCAGAUCCUUUGCUAGAAACAAAUCUCCUGAUUGCUGGAGCUAGUGCUGAUGCAAAAAAUCAAGUCCCAAAACACACCACAGAAGGCAAAGCCCUUAGCAUCACUAAGAGAAGGUUCCCCGUCUCCCCAGUUCCAUUCUGCAUCUCAUGAAAAUACACUGUUUAGAGGUGGAAAGAACUGGAGGUUGUACCACAACAUGAUUCAAUACUAAAAAUCCUGGUUUGUGGAUUUCAUUUGAGUUCUCCAUGAUGUGCUUAACUCUUGCUGUAUAGUGACUGAAUGACCAUAUCUAAUGUAGUGGGAUUUUUUGGGUUUUUUUUUGUUUGCUUUUAAAGAAGAGAGGAAUGGUGAUAGCACAGCACUGGGAACCAGGAUCCCCGACUGUUACUAUCUGGGUGACCUUGAGCAAGACACCGAUUCUUUGUGAUAAAUUUACCUGUACCUCUUUGCCGGCUAUUACACCAUGUAUCUUAAGGAAGCUUAUAAAAAUAAAUGAAUUCACUCAUUGUCAGCUAUA